GACAUAUUCCUGCAGAGUUGAGUUACUCACUAGACUAAUAAGAAAGCAUUGCAUCAUUUAUUUCUUAUUUCUGUGUUCAUCUUCACCGUACACCCAACACAAGAGGAGGAGGUGCCGUGUGUGACCCGGUUACAUUGCUUAUUGCUGCCUCCACCUCUCCCAGUGUGGAUCAAGCUACAAUGUCGGACUGCAGGAGGCAAUGGAACCGUGAGGAUGAGCUCCCGGUCUACCUGGCUGGACCCAUCACAACCGGGCCGAACCAGCGCAAAAGCUUCGGCAUGUUCAGCUCCGUGGAGGGAGCGUUUGAGAGCAAGACCAUCGACUUCGACAACUAUGCAGUCGGGAGGAAAGGGAGCCGCACCCCGAGGAGCGGUAGCCGGGAGAGACUACUGGAUGUGUGCGACUCCACCGGGAAGGCUACCGGUGGACCUCCGGACAUGUCUCUGACCACUUCAGUAGGGGAAUCAGAGCGUCCAGGGGUUGAGACCGGGUAUUCUUCGGCGAGUGAAACCACACACGGAAAGAGUGAGCAACUGCUUAUUAAAGGAGGACGGGUGGUUAAUGAUGAUCAGUCUCUUUACGUGGACGUGUACAUUGAAGAUGGGCUCAUCAAGUACGUAGGGGAGAAUCUGGUUGUUCCAAGUGGCGUAAAAGUGAUCGAGGCCAAUGGUCGGAUGGUGAUACCUGGGGGAAUUGAUGUCAACACUUGCUUGAUGAAGUCCUAUCUGGGCAUUCAUCCUGUUGAUGACUUCCUCCAAGGCACCAAGGCAGCGCUUGCUGGAGGCACAACUAUGAUCAUUGACCAUGUGACCCCCCAGCCUGGGGGCAGCCUGCUGGAGGCGUUUGAGGUCUGGCAGGAAGCGGUGGACAAGAAGGCAUGCUGCGACUACUCCCUCCAUGUGGACAUCCCUCAGUGGAAUGAAACAGUCAAAGAUGAGUUGGAGCUGCUGGUGCAAGAGAAAGGUAUCAACUCCUUCCAGGUGUACAUGGCCUAUAAGGACUUAUACCAGAUGACAGAUUCUCAGCUAUACGAGGCAUUCUCAUUCUUGAAAGAGAUUGGUGCUGUGGUGUUAGUUCACGCUGAAAAUGGAGAUCUUAUUGCUCAGGAACAAAGCAAAAUUCUUGCGAUGGGCAUUACUGGACCUGAAGGCCAUCCUCUGAGUCGUCCUGAAGAGGUGGAGGCUGAAGCUGUAUUCCGUGCGAUCAUGCUUGGUAACCGUGUUAACUGUCCUGUCUACAUCACCAAGGUGAUGAGCAAGAGUGCAGCUGACACCAUCACCCAGGCUCGCAGAAAAGGAGCUGUAGUUUUUGGCGAGCCAAUUACAGCCAGCCUGGCCACCGAUGGUUCCCAUUACUGGAGCAAGAACUGGGCUAAAGCUGCCGCUUAUGUCACUUCUCCACCUCUUAGUCCUGACCCCACAACCUCAGACCAUCUCCAUACACUUCUGUCCUGCGGCGAUCUACAGGUGGUGGGCAGUGCUCACUGCGCAUACAGCAUCUCUCAGAAGGCAAUCGGUAAGGAGGACUUCACCUUAAUCCCAGAGGGCACCAAUGGAGUGGAGGAGAGGAUGAGUUUUGUUUGGGACAAAGCAGUGGCUAUGGGAAAGAUGGAUGAGAACCAGUUUGUGGCCGUGACGUCUACCAACGCUGCAAAAAUCUUCAAUCUGUAUCCACGUAAAGGCCGGAUAGCAGUGGGCUCUGAUGCGGAUGUUGUCAUCUGGGACCCUGACAGCACCAAAACCAUCACCUCCAAACUCCAGCAGUCGGCUUCAGAUUACAACAUCUUUGAGGGUCUUGAGUGUCGUGGGGCUGCAGCACUAGUGUUGAGUCAAGGUCGGGUGGUGUAUGAGGAAGGACAGCUGCAAGUUCAGCAGGGCACAGGUCGAUUCAUCCCUCGCAAGCCUUUCCCGGACUUUGCUUACCAACGUUUAAAGUUCAGGAACCAGGUGAAGGACAAAAAGGUCACACGUGGGAUGUAUGAUGGACCUGUGUAUGAUGUCAUUCCAACCCCGAAAUAUAUCACACCUUCAACUUCAGCCAAAACGUCUCCCACCUCGAAUCAACCACCGCCGAUACGCAACCUUCACCAGUCCAACUUCAGCCUAUCAGGGGCUCAGAUUGAUGACAACAUACCUCGCAGGUCCGGUCAUCGUAUUGUAGCACCCCCUGGUGGUCGCUCCAACAUCACCAGCCUUGGUUGACCAGCAUGCACCACUAUCUAUGACUGAGAGCAUGUUUCUUUUGGUAUAACAAGGAUGCACACCAUUAUGGAUCUGUCUUGUGAGUACACAAUCCUAAAAGAAAAUGCACAUAGUAUAUCAAUGUGAUUUACAAUCAAUAAAAGUAAUAAUUCACUCGCAUUUAAGAUGGUGAGCCCACAAACACUUUGUACAUACAGUGGUGUGAAAAAGUGUUUGCCCCUUCCUGAUUUCUUGUUUCUCGAUUGAUGUUUCAGAUCAUCAAACUAAUUUAAAUAUUAGUCAAUGACAAGACAACUGAACAUAAAAUCAGUUUUUAAAUGAAACUUUUUAUUAUUAAGGGAAGAAAACAUCCAAACUUACAUGGCCCUGUGUGGAAAAGUGAUUGUCCCCCUUUUGAAAUAUAAUUUAACUGAGAUUAAUUGAGAUCUAUCAGUCUGGAAAAGGUUAUAAAGCCGUUUCUAAAGCCAUGGCACUCCAGCAAAUCACACUGAGAGCUAUUAUCCAAUGAUGGUGAAAACAUGGGACAGUGGGACAACCAAAAUGACCUAUAACAACAUCCACGUAACUGCGGGCUUCACUUGCCUCCGUUAAGGUCAGGGUUCAUGACUCCACCAUAAGAAAUACACUCUGUAAGAAUGAUCUGCAUGGCAGAAUUCUAAGGCCAAAAACAUGCAUGAACAAAAAGAACAUUAAAGCUUGUUUAGAUUUUUCUAGAAAACACAUUUGAUGAUUCCCAGGAACUUUGGGAAAAUACUCUGUGGUUUGACGAGACAAAAGUUGAACUUUUUGGAAUUGUUUUCCCAUUACAUCCCAUUACAAGUAACGCCACAUUUCAGAAAAAGAACAUCAGACCAGCAAUAAAACAUGGUGGUGGUAGUGUGAUGGUCUGGGAAGACUUGCUGUGAAAAAUACAUCCAUGAAUUCUGCUGUCUACCAAAAAACCUGAACAAGAAUGUCCACCCAUCUGUUUGUGACCUCAAGCUGAAAAAAAUGGGUUCUGCAGCAGGACAAUAAUCCAAAACACACCAAUAAGUCCACCUCUGAUUGGCAGAAUAAAAUACAAAUGAAGACAUUGGAGUAGCCUAGUCAAAGUCCUGACCUAAUGAGAUGCUGUGGCAUGACCUUAAAUAGGUGCUACAUGCUGGAAACCCCCCCAAAGGUGGCCGAAUUACAACAAUUCCGCAAAGAUUAGUGGGCUAAAACUCAUUGCAAGUUAUCACAAACGCUUGAUUGCAGUUGUUGCUUGUGAGUGGCUGAAUCAGUUAGUUUUAGGGGUCAGUCACUUUUCACACAUGGCCGUGUAUGUGUGGAUAUUUCUUUUUUGCCUUAAUAAUAAAAAGUUUCAUUAAAAAAAACUGAAUUUUAUGUUCAGAUGUGUUGUCAUUGACUGAUACUUACAUUUUUUUGGUGAUCUGAAACACAAACAUGCAGAAAAAAAAAAAAAAAACAAAACCUCACAAAAUCAGGAAGGAGUUGAGCACUUUUCCAAACCACGGUAGAAGCACAAUUUCCUAGUCAUGGUGUUCUAUGACUAUCUUCACUUGUUCACGACUUUCAUUGUCAUAUGCACAAUUACAUUUCAAUGCUAUUUGCAAGCAUCAUGCACCAUAAUAACAUCUUAAAAAUCAGACACCUUCUUCACUCUAAUGUAAAAUGCAAGCGCAGGCAGAUAAGCCAUUGCAAUAAUCAGAAUUAUUUAAAUUCCUACAAAUUCCUAUAUAGUGAGAAAGACUUAAUGUAUGUGUUAUAGAUCUCCACUCAAAUAUACUGACAAUCUCUUCAGGCUUUUUUGUUGAACAGAUUCCUUGUUUUUUCUUGUGGUUGUUGGUGUGUAUGGUACAUUUAGCAUUUUUAUGCCACUUACAUUACUGUUGUCUGAGCCACUAAUGAUCAAUAAAGACUGAUGACAAACACGAGUGUUUGAUUUUGUAUGAGGCAAACACUAGAAACAGCUCUCGGUGUGAUACACAACCGAAUAAUAAACACAUUGUUAAA